AGAAACGGAAGAGAUCUAUACCGCGGGUGGAAGCUGGCGGUUUCAACUUCGACAGCAAGAAUGUUGGGGCUUGUGAAAAGCAUUUUGAUGCUACCGACGGUCAAGAACCGAUGAACACAUCGUAAACUGGGUGGUCGUGCCGCUUCAGCGAGAAAAACCGAGGCUUCGCACCGAUACCGUUCCAAGGAUUUUUAACAGGCCCCUGCCUCCCUGACAAAGCCGAAACCGCGUUACCGGCCAGCAAUUCAGGGGCAACCACCGAAGAGGCGGCGUGAAUUGCCACCUGAAUGCGCAGCAGUGGAAUGCCAAAAUGCGAACAACGACUCGGCAGGAGAAGCUAGUGACGAUGCAGUAGCCACACCGAUAGCGAACACGCAGAUCAGGCGAGCCCAACGGAACAAGCAGUGUGUUCGUUUGUUGAGGUACAGGUGCUGAGGAUGCAGCUUUCUAGUACGAGGCCACGACUCGAACGGUGUCAGAAGAAGCUUGCGAAGAUGAGAGUCCUGGCCAACAAAAAUGCAAGUCUCGUGCAAAACUUGGACAAACUAUCCCCUCAGGGGAAGCUUAUUUUCGAUCAGUUCGUCAUGAAGGCAAACGCGAAAUCUCCGAAAGCUGCCAGGUGUCCUGAUGUUAGACGAAAUGAGCGUAAGGAAGAGUCUGCACAUUAUGGAGUCCAUGCUACUGAUCCAUGCUACCCUUCACGGAAAGUACAGGCACUAAUCGACCCACCCCAUGUUUUCAAAUGCAUAAAGAACAAUCUUCAGAAGGUUGGAAAGUUUCUGCUGCCGCAAGGACAUGAGGUGACCACUGCCACUUCUCGGCCCUGCUGGAGUACGAGGAAUAACACGCUGGUCUUCGUGCUGUCGCUAAGCUCACAAGGGCUCACAUCUUCCCCAACGCCUUCCAGAAGAUGAGUGUGCGGCUUGCU